AUGCAUCGCCGACGGUCCGCACGCCCUCGACAUACACGCAAUCGCGUGCAGGACGUGUUUUUAUCCGCGCUCGACCCCUCACGAGGCUCGUUUCGUGGGCAGAAAGGCCAGGGUGCCCACGCGGCCCGCACCGCGCGCGGCCCGUGGUCCUUCGGCCGCGCCCUCCUGCUCGCGAUGUCGUCCGACUUCAUCGCGAGUUUGCGGCCCGGCGACUGGAUACGUCUGCGGUGCACCAAGAAGAAGGGUUUCUUCGCAUUCCAGCACCACGGCAUCGUCACCGAAGUGCCUGCGCCCGACGCGCGGCGAAUCUUGGUCGUCCACUUCACCACGCCACCCGGGGAGUCGAAAGACGCACCGCAGCGCAUCGUGGAGACCACGUUGGCCGAGUUCCUGCGCGGCGGGAGCCUGCCGGAGGUGCUGCGGGACAAAGAGCGAGCCUUCUCGCCCGAGGACGUCGUCAGACGCGCGCGCUCGUGCGUCGGGAGGCGAGCGCAGCAGUCAAACGACGCGGACGAGACGAAGGAGGAGGAAGAGAAGGCCUACGAUCUCAUUGGCAGGAACUGCGAACAUUUCUGCAGUUACGUCUACUCGGGCGAGGCAUGUUCCGAACAGGUACACAGCUUCGGGGACGGCCUGCUCCGCGCGGGCGGCUGGACGACGCUGGUGAACCCGCUGCUCGGCGGCAUCCUGGCCCUGGGCGGGGCGAUCCUCAAGGCCGAGAGCAAGAAGUCCUGGCACGCGUAA